GCAACAGUGAUGGGAGUUUGGCAUUUGGUGGACGGUUUGUACCCGGGUAGGAUUACCGACUAUGCAUUCCAUCAAUGCAUUAAAGACUAAUCUUUAAUUCCUGGACAGUUGUUCCAAGGUGAUGUGCUAUAUUACUGUGUAGCAUUUUCAUAUAGGCUUAUGCAAAAGAUCGCAAAGACCUUACCAACAUUAACGGGAAAAGACGACACUGGGGAGAUUCUAUUUCUUUUGGGCAAAUCAUCGUCGAAGACACUUUCUCAAGGACACAUCUGAAUUGGUGUUACACCCAGCAACCAAUGAGAGAACAGUAAGACCACCACUGUGAGGUACGUCUACCCAAUUCCCGCCCCCAUCUGUGCUCCCACGACCGUCGUGAAUCGGGCAGCUGCUUCGCUGUCUAAAUUCCCAGGACUCGAGAGUCUUCCAGGACUUUAGCGAGCCCGUCGGACCAAAAUUUGGGAUUACUCACCAACUUGGAAUUAUAUCUCAUCCAGAGAAAAAGUUCCUAGCUGUAUUUCACCGAAGGAGGACAGGAUGAUCCCCCUUCUAGUGUUUUGUUUGGCUUGGAGCCAUCUUUGGUCGCCCGUGAGAGCGUCUUGCCGUGACGGGGGUCAGUUCGGGGGAGCUCUGUGCUGCCAGGGGAAGGAUCUUAAUUGUGUGGCGGAGGGUUACAGGGUCAACUCGCCUUACUACCACGAGACCUGCUUCUGCGACAAGGCGUGUGUGGAUAGCAGGGACUGCUGCUCUGAUUACGAAGCGGCCUGUCCAGCCGUGGACUGCGAGGUCUCCUCAUGGAGCUACUGGAGCGGAUGCAGCGUACUGUGCGGUAUUGGCGUCAGCGAACGAAGACGCUACAAGAUCAAGGACCCCGAAAAUGCAGGAGAUAAGUGUCCCCCUUUUCGCCAAAUGAGGGCGUGCUUCGCAAGCUUCUGUGAAACAAAUGAGAUCCCUGCUAAUGGUAUUGCACUAGUCCUUCCAUACUCCUACAAUGCAAGAAGGGACGAUCCGGAUUUGAAUCGUAUGAAGAAUUUCCUCAUUAGUUUGGGCCAGUACAAACCCUUUGACAGUUACUGUGUGUAUUUCAAGGUGACUGGGAGGAACAAAAGCUGUCGAUCCAAUCGAGAUAGCGUGUGGGCCAACAUCAUCAAGAAAGGUACAUUAGUCUGCGUGGAAUGUACCCAACCUGCCUUCGACAACGACGGCCGGUGUCGCGGGGAAGGCACCGAGGGGAAACGGACGCGCUGGUCGGCGGUGGAUCUGCCCAAGUGCCGGGGCCGCUGGGUCCAGACAUCGAUACAGGAAAAAUGCAAGUGCAAUACGGGCUCCGAUUUAAUAUUUAUUUGAACCACCAGAAAAGUCGGAUCUCCAUCAGGGAUUUAUUAUGCAAUCAGUGUAGGUUAUUUCUCCUGAAGUUUAAAGUUUGUUUGGUAAAUCCAGAUCAAAUUGAUGCAGAUACAAAGACCUUAUUUGAAUAAACCAUGUCCCCCCCCCCCUUAAAACAAAAAAUAAAUCCCCAAAAUGUAAUCGUUGCUUACGAUGGCUUACCAUAAUACUCGAUAUGUCAGCCGUUUUGUAAACUUAGGUAUUGUUUUGAAGACUGGAGUUUCUUGUUAAACUUUUCAUAUAAUACUCAUCAGACAUGGCGCUAUGUAUCUUCUUUUUUUUUUUUUUUUUUUUUUAAGUAACUCACUUCUAGCGUACCUUCAAGGCUUCAACAUUUUUAUAAAUAAAGCUCUCUUGAUAAUCGCAAGGCAGUUAGAAUUCUGAAAACUAAAGUCUUGUUCUGUACAAAAUUGUUUUGUUUUUACUUUUAUGAAAAAAAUUAGUAGCAAUCCAUGUAGUAUGUCUUGUCAAAUUCCAGUGUUUGAAAUUAAAGUGAAUUCCCUGUAGAAAAGUCUGUAUGUAAAUAAUUCCUAUGAAAUGCCAUUCUAAUAAGGGGGAGACAUCUGAAUAUUAAUAGGCGCAAAAAUGACAAAAUGUUUUAUCUGUCUCUCAAGGAGUCAUUUUAAUAGUUGAAUAAUCGUACAUAAUAAUAUCUGGCACAAAAUUAUACCUCGAAAUUAGAGACAAAAUAUGACAACUUUUCCAGACUAACAUUAUACAAAACAUCUAAAUGCUGCUAAAAGGUUUAACGGAGUACAAUUAGUUUGUGUGAUGUAGGCAUAGAUAGACAACAGCAUGUAUAUAUAGUGAUAUUGUGAAUAACUGGUGGUGCGUUAGUGUUUUUUUAUAAUCGCUAAACAUUGCUUAGAUUAAUGUGAUAACCGCUUUUUAAAUUUCUUUUAAUAAGAAUGAAAAUAUGGUUGCUUCAAGAUGGAAAUACGCAUUUGGCGUUACCAUGCUCACUCCUAUUUACCGACUCAUUGCAAUCUUUUAUGUAAUCAAGUAUUUUUGGAAGAUGUUCGCAACUUUAUCGGUCAGUGUUUCAAAGAAUACAAGUUCAGAAAGCAUCUUACCUAACAAGACAAAAUCAUUGUUGUGUACCCUACCCAAAAGUGUGAACAAAUAACUUUGGGUCUCCACAUAAACGGGCACCAGACCGUUAUUUUGAACACAAGCUUGACCAUAAUUCCAUAAAGUAUUUGAAAGUCUUGUGGAUUUACAACGGCCAAAUUCCGAUAAAAGUAUUCUGAUUUAAAAAAACAAGCCGAGUACAAGAAAGACAACAUCAAGUUUACAAAUGACAACAAAACAAUGGAUACUAAAUCAUAGCACUUUACUCCGUGUAGCUACUGCAAAAAUUCACUCUAGUAAAUAUAGUGUAUCACAGUGUUGUUUUUUUAAAUUAGCACAAAAGCAAGUUGACAAUCUAACUCAACUUGUUCUUCCACAUUCUUUGUGUGAACAGUUUGAACACGCGAGAACUUAUUUGCUUAAACAGAUGUAAAUUGUACGAAAUCAAAAAUCUGAGGUCAGUUUCUGGUGAUUAAGAAUUUACAGAGUUUUACGAGCACUUUAAGCCGCGAGUGAAAAAAAGAAAACCCCCAAAAACGCAGCAAUGUUUGCAGAACAUUUUUUUUUUUUUUUUUAACAACUUGCUGCAAUUUAUAGACAAAUCUUCGGUAUUUAAAAUUUGAUGUAAACUGAAAUUUGUGUUCAUGUAACCUUAUUUUUGUUCAAUAUAUUUUGUUGGUUGACAUUAAUUUUUUUGUAAAGACAGCAAAUUUUCUUGGCAUGGGUGGCUGUAAAAUAAAGAUGUGACAAAACCACUAGACUUGUCCAUUGAUGAGCUUCAUUUCCCUCAACACUCUUUUGUCCUGUAAAUCUUAAUCCAUAAUUUCCAUGUUUUGAAUUCCUCUAUCAAAGAAUGUGCUCAGCCGACUUUUUUUUAGCCCCAAAUCCUAAUUGUAAUGUCUUUUAAUUUCAAGCAACAAAAACGACAAUCAGCAAGAAUUUACAGCUAAAGAAGCGCCAAUUUAUAAGCCUUUCUGUUCAUUCAGAAUUUUUAAAAAGGCAGUUUGAAUUAUUGGAUUUUUUUUUUUUUUUUUGGUUUGAUUUUUACGGCAAGUACAAAUUAUACGCCCUUUGCUCAAAAUAUCCUUU